AUGUCAAUUCGAGAUAAUACCUCUUGUAGUGAGCUUGAGUGUGGACUAUGUGGAAAGAUUUAUAAACGACAUUCAGGUUUAGCUAAGCAUAAAAAACUAAUUCAAGAUGCUAAUACUAUAAGGCCAACGAUUUAUGAGUUGCCUGAAAGAGCAAUUGAAGAGACACGAAAAACUUUAGUCUAUCAUAUUAAAGAAAGAUUAAAACAACAUUCAAAACAUGCUGGAAAUGCUCAUGUAAUUGUUAAUUGCACGGAGAGUCAAUUUUUUAGUGUUUUUAAAGGAUAUAUCCAUAAUUAUUAUCCAAAAACGGGAAAUUAUAA